GAGACCAAUUGGUGUUGAGUAACCCAUUAGUGGUCUGUCAGGUGACAUGUUAAAUAUGUGAUUCUGUUUUCUCUAGGUGUCUGAAGGUUCUAUGGUCCAGUUUCCAUCAGGAAACUUUUCCUUGACAGCAAAAACAGAAGAAAGGAACUUCCCCCAUGGCAAUGAACAUCUGUUAAAUUGGGCCCGAAAGGAAUAUGGAGCAGUUACUUCAUUCACCGAACUCAAAAUAGCAAGAAACAUCUAUAUUAAAGUAGGAGAAGAUCAAGUGUUCCCUCCCACGUGCAACAUAGAGAAAAAUUUUCUCUCACUCAAUUACCUUGCUGAAUACCUUCAACCCAAAGCAGCCGAAGGGUGUGUGAUUUCCAGCCAGCUCCAGGAUAAGGAAGUGCAUGUCAUCGAGUUGAUCACCCCCAACUCUAACCCUUACAGUGCCUUCCAGGUGGACAUAAUAAUUGACAUAAGGCCUUCUCGAGAGGAUUCUGAGGUGGUCAAAAACCUUGUCCUGAUCUUGAAGUGCAAAAAGUCUGUUAACUGGGUCAUCAAAUCCUUUGAUGUUAAGGGAAACCUGAAAGUUAUAGCUCCCAACAGUAUUGGCUUUGGGAAAGAAAGUGAAAGAUCCAUGAUCAUGACCAAAUCCAUAAGAGAUGACAUCCCUUCUAACCAAGAGAAUUUGAUGAAGUGGGCUUUGGACAACGGCUAUAGUCCAGUGACAUCAUACACAAUGGCUCCAGUGGCUAACAGAUUUCAUCUCCGGCUUGAAAACAAUGAGGAAAUGAGAGACGAGGAAGUCCAUACCAUCCCUCCAGAGCUGCGGAUCCUGCUGAACCCUGGCAUCCUGCCCACCCUGGAGAAUCCACCCUUCCGGGGAGGAGGAGGCCGAAAUGGAGGGCUCCCCUUUCCUUUCCCUGAUCUCUCCCAGAGAGGCCGGAAGGAUCGGGGAGAAGGUAGAAUCCCCCGGCAAAAGGACUCUGUCAUCCCUAGCAUUCAACUGUUUCCUGUUCCCAGAGAGCCAGAAGAGGUGCAAGGGAGUGUGGACGUUGCCCUGUCAGUCAAAUGUGACAAAGAAAAGAUGAUCGUGGCUGUAGAGAAAGAUUCUUUUCAGGCCAACAGCUACUCAGGGAUGGAGCUUACCCUGCUGGAUCCUUCCUGCAAGGCCAAGAUGAAUGGCACUCACUUCAUUCUGGAGUCUCCCCUCAAUGGCUGUGGAACUCAGCAGCAGCAGUCAGCCCCUGAUGGUGUGGUUUACUACAACUCUGUUGUGAUACAGGUUCCAUCCCCUGGAGAUAGUAGUGGCUGGCCAGAUGGUUAUGAAGACUUGGAGUCAGGUGAUAAUGGAUUUCCGGGAGAUAUGGAUGAAGGAGAAGCUUCCGUCCUCAGUCGACCUGAAAUUGUGAUGUUUAACUGCAGCUUGCGGCAGCUGGGGAAUCCCAGGAGCGCCCAGGACCAGCCCAAUGGAAACGUCACUUUCAACAUGGAGCUAUACAACACCGACCUCUUUCUGGUGCCCUCUCAGGGGGUCUUCUCUGUGGCAGAGAAUGGACACAUUUACGUUGAGGUGUCUGUUACUAAGGCUGACCAAGAACUGGGAUUCGCCAUCCAAACCUGCUUUAUCUCUCCAUAUUCAAACCCAGAUAGGAUGUCCGAUUACACCAUCAUCGAGAACAUCUGUCCUAAAGACGAAUCUGUGAAGUUCUACAGCCCCAGGGCAGUGCACUUUCCUGUCCCACACGCGGAGGUGGACAGGAAGAGGUUUAGCUUUGUCUUUAAACCCAUGUUCAACACCUCGCUGCUCUUCCUUCAGUGCGAGCUGACGCUGUGCACCAAGAGAGCAAAAGACCCCCAGAAGUUGCCUAAGUGCGUGCCUCCUGAUGAAGCCUGCACCUCGCUGGAUGCUGCCAUGAUCUGGGCCAUGGUGCAGAAUAAGAAGACGUUCACCAAGCCUCUGGCGGUGAUCCACCCAGUGGAACAUAAAGAAAACACUCCAAACAUGAAGGAACCGAAUCCAGUUUCUCCACCCAUUUUCCAUGGUCUGGACACCAUGACAGUGAUGGGCAUUGCAUUUGCAGCAUUUGUGAUUGGAGCGCUCCUGACAGGGACUCUGUGGUACAUCUAUUCCCACACAGGGGAGACAGCAGGAAGACAGCAAGUCCCCACCUCCUCACCAGCCUCGGAAAGCAGCAGUGCAGCCCACAGCAUCGGCAGUACGCAGAGCACGCCCUGUUCCAGCAGCAGCACAACCUAGCCAGGCCCAGCCCACUCUACCAUGGCCAAGGGCAGGGCCUGAUGCUGACGUCCCUCGGUCAGACUCAGAAGGCUUGAUUUUGGUUCCCUUGUAAAGAAAGAGUGGAUUUCAGUGUAAAGGUCAGCUGUUGCAUUCACCCCUCCACGGCCAAUGUAUGUGUGACCCCUGGACUUCUGUAACACACUAGAAUUCAUGUGCAGAAGCUAAGGUGGUGGCCUUCUCCACCAGCCCCUCCCAGGCUGGGGGGUUUUCAAUGUGAAAAACAUGCCAGUUUUUAAAAUGCUGCUUUGUCCAGGUGAGAACAAACAUAAUUUAGGGCCCUGAGUUUUACCCAGACUCAAGGAGAUGGUGAAAGAAUAAUAGCUAGAGAGUAGAACCAAUGAGAUGUGGCCAAAGAUUCUCUCGUAUCUGAACCAAGGCAUAAAACAGAAGAAACGCUUCGAGGCUUUUUAAGCUCUCCUCCAUGUCUAAUGUGCACCUCUGUCUGGAUGCACAGUUUGACCUGCUGCACCCUGUGGGGUCUGACAUGUGGCUUGCUGGGUGCUGCCCUUGGGGACUGCAUCCUGUCACAUAUCAAGGCAACAUUCCUUUCUUGUGUCCUGGGCCAAAACCAAUACCUUGUCAGCAUCCUGUUCCUCCCCACAUGCAUAUACAUACGGACUACAAAAAUGUCUUAAUGCAAAUUUUGUAUUUCUUAUAGGCAUAUAAAAAUUGAGAACAGCCAAAACCCAGAACUGCAGAUUUGCACCCAUUUCUGACACUGUGUUCUAACAAAUUAAUGUCUAAAUUGGAGCAAAAUUCAGUUGGAAAGCUCAGGAGGAAUUUGCAAGGUGAUAAUAUGUGUAUGCAUACGUAUGUAUGUACAAGUAUGUAAUACGUCAUCUGGCACAUUUGAAAGAGAAAGGUCCAUCCCCUCUUUAAGAUGUCCUAUGCUUCCAGAGUUGAAACUUUACUCUUAAGUUAUAUUUAGCAGAAUGAGAGUUUUCACUCAAAACAUACCUGAUAAGCCCUUCUGUAAAAACCAAAUUUUUUAUGAGAUACAAAUGCCUGGGAGACCCUGUUGGGUUCCUGUACACUAGCUUAGUGUCACCAAUCUGCCAUGACAGUGCUGAUUUAGGAAGAAGGGCACUCAUUUGAAUUGUUUUAAUAUAUCCCAAACUCAAAAAGGAUUUGAGGUGAAUUCCACUAAACAGAGUACUAAUGAUGCCACUUUCCAAGUAAACACACUCAGUGAUACCUCUAUGUUAAAUCAGAAUGUCAAAGGGGAAUUUUCAUGACCAAAUCAUUUACUGCUGAAGAUGGCUUCAUUGCACAUUACAUAUAUUCCUUCUCCAGAAUU